AGGAAGGAAGAGAGGGGACGCUGCACCGUUUGACUCCAGCUCCGGAUUAGUCCAUCCUCAUCCAGUUUUUCUCCCGGCUAAUUCACAGUAACUCCCGGGCGAGUUAAACUGCUUCCCUUUGUUUUUUACUCAGGGAAUAUGGCUGUGUUGAGGAUACAAGACCAGCCGUCUCUGUUACGAGCCAUCUUCAACCUGGAACCAGAUGAAGUCCGCUCACUCAUAUUUAAAAAAGAGGAUGUCAAUAUUCAGGACAAUGAAAAGCGGACGCCUCUGCACGCUGCAGCCUACCUGGGAGACGCUGAGAUCAUUGAACUGCUCAUCCUCUCAGGAGCCCGAGUUAAUGCCAAAGACAACAAGUGGUUGACUCCUCUUCACCGAGCUGUCGCCUCUUGUAGUGAGGAUGCAGUGGCAGUGCUGCUGAAGCACAGUGCAGAUGUUAACGCCCGGGACAAGAACUGGCAGACGCCGCUCCACGUUGCAGCUAGCAACAAAGCAGUGCGCUGUGCAGAGGCUUUGGUCCCGCUGCUUAGCAACGUCAACGUGUCUGACCGGGCGGGGCGCACUGCCCUUCACCAUGCUGCCUUCAGUGGACAUGUAGAGAUGGUGAAGCUGCUACUGUCUAGAGGAGCCAACAUUAAUGCAUUUGACAAAAAGGACCGGAGAGCCAUCCACUGGGGGGCCUACAUGGGUCACCUGGAGGUUGUGAAAUUAUUGGUAUCCAGCGGAGCAGAGGUUGACUGUAAAGAUAAGAAAGCCUACACGCCGCUACACGCAGCCGCCUCAAGUGGCAUGAGCAGUACAGUGCACUUCCUGCUGAGCCUUGGAGUCCAUGUCAACGAGGCAAACACCUACGGUAACACCCCACUCCAUUUAGCCUGCUACAAUGGACAGGAUGUGGUGGUCAGUGAGCUUAUAGAUGCAGGAGCCCAUGUCAACCAGGUGAAUGAGAGGGGCUUUUCUGCUCUCCACUUUGCCUCCUCCUCACGCCAGGGGGCGCUGUGCCAGGAGCUGCUGUUGGCUCACGGAGCUCACAUCAACAUGCGGAGUAAGGAUGGUAAGACCCCCCUCCACAUGGCAGCUACCCAUGGAAGGUUCUCCUGCUCUCAGGCUCUAAUUCAAAAUGGAGCUGAGAUUGAUUGUGAGGACAAGGGCAGAAACACUGCACUUCACAUCGCUGCUCGCUAUGGCCAUGAGCUCAUCAUCACAGCACUCAUCAAACAUGGAGCCAACACCGCCAAGAGAGGCAUUCAUGGGAUGUUCCCUCUACACCUGGCAGCUCUCAGCGGCUUCUCAGAUUGCUGCAGGAAGCUGCUGUCCUCAGGGUUUGACAUAGACACCCCUGACGACUUUGGAAGGACCUGUCUACAUGCUGCUGCAGCUGGAGGGAACCUGGAGUGUCUGAACUUGCUGUUAAACAUUGGAGCUGACUUUAACAGAAAAGACAACUUUGGCAGGACUCCACUUCACUACGCAUCAGCAAACUGUAACUAUCAGUGUGUGUUUGCCUUGGUGGGCUCCGGGGCUAGUGUCAAUGAGCGGGACCAGAGAGGCUGCAGCUCCCUGCACUAUGCAGCUGCAGCCGACACAGAGGGAAAGUGUGUGGAGUACUUGUUGAGGAAUGAUGCUGAUCCAGGAUCGAGAGACAGACAGGGUUACAGUGCAGUGCACUAUGCCUCAGCCUACGGACGCACACUCUGCCUGGAACUGAUGUCAAGUGAGACUCCUCUUGAUGUGUUAAUGGAGACAUCAGGUACAGACAUCCUGGGUGACUCAGAGAGUCAGGCCCCCGUCAGUCCACUCCACCUGGCAGCUUACCACGGACACUGUGGAGCUUUAGAGGUUCUCUUGUCGUCUCUGCUGGAGGUGGAUGUUUGCAGCCCAGAGGGCCGGACCCCCCUCAGCCUGGCCUGCUCCAGGGGACACCAGGAGUGCGUCUCUCUGCUGCUUCACCACAGCUCCUCACCCAUGACCCGUGACUACACACACAAAAAGACAGCUCUACAUGCUGCAGCUAUGAAUGGCCACCCAGAGUGCCUGCGUCUGCUCAUGAGCAACAACCAACACAUUAAUGUGGACGCACAAGACACCGAUGGACAGACACCGUUAAUGUUGGCUGUACUUAAUGGGCAUACAGAGUGUGUGUACUCGCUACUCAGUCAAGGAGCCAGUGUAGAGAAUCAGGACCGCUGGGGGAGGACGGCACUACAUCGAGGGGCUGUGACUGGCCAGGACGAGUGUGUAGAGGCCCUUCUACAGCGGGGUGCCAGUGUGUGUGUCGGAGACAUAAGGGGCCGUUCCCCUCUUCACCUGGCAUCCGCCUGUGGCCGGGUGGGUGCACUGGGUGCUCUUCUGCAAGCCACGAACACCUCACACGCUCACACACAUCUCACCGACAACCAGGGCUACACACCACUACACUGGGCCUGCUACAACGGAUAUGAUGCCUGUGUGGAGGUUUUGCUAGACCAAGAUGUUUUCAAGAAGAUGAAAGGAAACUCCUUCAGUCCGCUGCACUGUGCUGUUAUGAAUGAUAACGAGGGAGUGGCGGAGAUGUUAAUCGACUCACUGGGAACAAUUGUUGUCAACGCAACUGACUCCAAGGGCAGGACCCCGCUCCACGCUGCAGCUUUUUCCGACCACGUGGAGUGUGUUUCCCUGCUGCUGAGCCACGGAGCGCAGGCAAACGUAGUGGACACACACUUGCGGAGGACACCUCUUAUGAUGGCAGCUCUUAACGGACAAACCAACACUGUGGAGGUGUUGGUGAGCAGUGCUAAAGCUGACUUGACACUACAGGAUGCACAAAGGGACACAUCAUUACAUCUUGCUUGCAGCAAGGGUCAUGAGACGAGUGCCUUGCUGAUUCUGGAGAAGAUCAGUGACAGGAACGUCAUCAACUGCACCAACACUGCUCUCCAGACGCCUCUGCAUGUGGCAGCCAAGAAGGGUCUGACAGUGGUGGUCCAAGAGCUGCUGGGGAAAGGAGCUAGUGUGUUAGCAGUGGAUGAGAACGGUUACACUCCAGCUCUGGCCUGUGCUCCGAACCGUGACGUGGCAGACUGCUUGGCGCUCAUCCUCAACUCCAUGAUGCCUGCCUCCCCUAUGGUCACCAUAGCAGCUCUACCUGCACUUUCUCUUACUCAGACAGUCAUCAACAACCACCCCACUAAUAACCACGUCUCCAAAGGUGUUGCCUUUGAUACCCUGCCCCCUUUGAGGCCUGACCAUACCUCCUAUUGUAGGCCGGAGCACCCGCUGUCCUCUGUCUCUGCAGACGAUGAACUGAAUGACUCUGAUUCUGAGACGUACUGA